GUAAGUCCGGUUACAGGAUGAUAUUCGAAGGGAAGCCCAAACAAUGAGUUUGAUAGAUCACCCUAACGUGAUACGAGCAUUUUGUUCAUUUGCCGUCAACCAAAACCUUUGGGUGGUUAUGCCAUUCAUGGCUCAAGGUUCGUGUCUACAUCUCAUGAAAUCCGCAUAUCCGGAUGGAUUUGAAGAAUCGGCUAUUGCAUCUAUUCUCAAAGAGACUCUUAAAGCAUUGGAGUAUUUGCACAGACACGGACACAUACAUCGUGAUGUUAAGGCUGGAAAUAUACUUCUUGACACUAACGGAGAGAUAAAGCUUGGUGACUUUGGAGUGUCGGCUUGUAUGUUUGAUAGCGGUGAUAGACAACGCUCUAGAAAUACUUUUGUAGGAACUCCUUGCUGGAUGGCCCCGGAGGUGCUGCAGCCAGGAAGUGGAUAUGAUUUUAAGGCUGACAUCUGGUCAUUCGGAAUUACCGCACUGGAAUUGGCUCAUGGUCAUGCCCCUUUCUCAAAGUACCCUCCAAUGAAGGUCCUCUUGAUGACCAUACAAAAUGCACCCCCAGGACUUGAUUACGAUCGGGAUAAACGCUUUUCUAAGUCUUUUAAAGAAUUGGUUGCUAUGUGCUUGGUAAAAGAUCAAACAAAAAGGCCAACUGCUGAAAAGUUGUUAAAACACUCGUUUUUCAAACAAGCUAAACCGCCAGAGAUCUCCGUGAAGAAACUCUUUGCGGACUUACCGCCACUGUGGCAUCGUGUGAAAGCCCUUCAGAUUAAAGAUGCGGCCCAACUAGCUCUCAAGAAGAUGCCGUCAGCAGAACAAGAAGCGAUAUCACAAAGCGAGUACCAGCGAGGUGUUAGUGCAUGGAACUUUUCGCCUUUCAUACGGCCCGUAUGAUGACGUCACCUAAGU